AUGGCAGGCCUUGGUGAAGCGACGAUUUGCCUGAUUGUGAUAGAGGUAUGCCAAGUAAUUGUUAAUGUUUUCUGGGAAGAGGAAGUGCUGAGUCUUUUUCCAACCAACAGUGAGGAGGUAAGAAAGGCAAUGGAAUUAAUGGAUGAGGAGUGGCAAUUUCCUUGUGCAUAUGGGGCCAUUGAUGGCUGUCAUAUCUCAAUACGCUGUCCACCUGGAGGUGCUGAGGCAGCAAAAGAAUUCCACAAUUUCAAAAAUUUUUAUUCUAUUGUUUUGAUGGCCAUUGUAGAUGCAAAAUACCGAAUAACUUGGGCUAGCUGUGGGUAUCCUGGUAAUUCACAUGACUCGCUUGUUUUUCAGUCAACAGAUGUUUACAAAGAACUUCUUUCAGAUAAAUUCCAAAAUGUGGCACACAGAGAAGGGGAUGUAUACAUCCCUCCUAUUCCUCUUGGAGAUGGUGCAUUUCCUUUCCAUAUUUGGUUAAUGAAACCUUAUUCUCAGGCUGUUCUCACACCUCAGCAGAAAUAUUUUAAUUACCGUCUCAGCAGAGCUCGAAGAUGA